UUCUGUCAACAUUAGGAGACCUGUAAAAGUCAUCAAUGGAGGUGUAUUAGAACAAAUCACAUGGGCUUUGAAUCCAGCUGCCGGCCAUGUAGAAUACAAAGAAACAAGGCCAUUCAACACCUAAUGUUAAAAGUAUGGUCCCUCAUAACGUUAAUAGAAAAUAAAAAUCUUAAUCCUCAAUAUUGUUUUCUAUAAAACCUUAAACUAGGCCAAGAACUCUGCUUUUAGAUAGGAUGGGGAUGAGACAAGCCAUGUCAUACCAUUAGGUCAGGACACAUCAAUAAGAGCUGGAAAGGGUAGAAAAGGGUCGAAAAACCCAACUGCCAGCAGCAUAUAUACACUGCCACCGAUACAACUGGCCUCAUAUGCUGCUGGUCUGCAAAAAAUCUUCUUUGGGUCAUUUCAGACAGAGGAGGGAGGACCUUGUGGUAGUUCUGCCAUAAAAGCCCAUGUUUUAGAUUGCUUCCAUUGCUUCUUUUUCAUUGAAAAAUGGCCCUGAUUGCAUACAAAGCAGUAGAGAAUACAGGGAUUACAGAUAACUUAUCUGGACAAGUCAUGUCUGAUAAGGUGACCUGGUUUUAGGGAGAUUGCAGACACCCAAAAGAGAAUUGUCUUCAUACCCACGAGACCCCAAGAUCUUGACUUGUAAUAAGAAGUUGGGUUUUGGUGGGGUUUUGGUGUGUAAAAUUCUGAGAGAUGGACUCAAACUAUGCAGAUUCUGUAAGCUCUUCGCCUCGGUCUAGAGGGGCAGAUACGGAGUAUCCUGCUUCUCAGAGAUGGGAGGAUCCAAAUUCCUGUAAGGUGAGAUUCAUGUGCAGCUAUGGAGGCAAGAUUAUUCCUAGGCCAAGUGAUAAUCAGCUCUGUUAUUUGGGUGGAGAAACUAGGAUGGUGACUGUGAGCCGGAACAUAACAUACACUGAUCUUAUUGCCAAGCUCUCUAAGAUUUCUGGGGGGGGUGUUACGGUCAAGUACCAGCUGCCGAAUGAAGACUUGGAUGCUUUGAUUUCUGUCACAACCGAGGAAGAUCUAGAGAACAUGAUGGAGGAGUAUGAAAGGUCCCAGCAGGCAAGUCUGAAGCCUUCCAGGUUAAGAAUUUUCUUGUUUCCUUCAAAGCUUGAUAAUUCGUCUAGUCUCGGUUCUAUGCUUGACAAUUCUAAAAGAGAACACUGGUUUGUUGAUGCAUUGAAUGGUACGCCUAUUCUGCAAAGGGGUGUCUCUGAGGGUUCAUCUGUUUCAGAGAUGCCUGAUUAUUUGUUUGGUUUUGAUGGGCCUGAACCUCCCUAUUGGGAGAAAACAGAAGAAAGGAACCCUAAUAUUAAGAUGCCCGUUAGUUCAGGUGUUCUGCAGCAAGGUCCAAGUACAUUAGGGAAAAGUAGGACAUUCAAUCCCCAACCUGAAGGAAUUGUAGGACACCCACCCCCAGAUGUCCAUUCAGCUCCUGACUCCCCUAUGCUCGAAACUUCCUCAUAUGGAUCCACUUCCUCGGCUCCUCCAGGGGCUAAUUUGCCUCCUGUUAAGUUAAAGCCUGUUCAGGAUGAACCCCAUGGAAUAAGUUUUGAAAACCCCUAUCCCAAGUUUGAUCCUAAUUCUCAGAAUCCAAUCAUGGAAGGAGGGGAACCUAGGUAUGUCUGUGAGGAUAUAAGGGCACUGGGAUAUAGAUUAAACAACCACGGCAUCGUUAGCAGUCCUCAUGAUCAAGGGUUAGAAAUGCAAGGUGGAAGUGAACAUUUCUUCCGUGUCACACAGGAUAUGGGUCUCCGAACUCAGGAUCCAAGGGUGAAUGAAGACAAUAUUGCUAAACUGAGGUUUCUUCAGAAACCAGAGCAGUUUGAACCAUUCCCUUAUAAGGAUGGCAGAUUUCCAGUUCCGAGCCCAUCUGACCCUGUGAUUAAUAAGCCUCGUGCAAGCAUUCCUGAAAAUGCACAAAGACAGAUCCCAACACAGGAAUUCGAGCAACUUCAUAUCUCAAACAAGCAGCAGCAACAACAGCAGCAGCAGCAGCAACAAGAAAGGCAAAUUAGGCAGGAGAAUAACAUGCAAGAUGAGAUGGUAGAGGGAAGAUAUGAUUGGAAUGCAAAACCGGUUAAUGUUAAGUCUCCUGAGAUGGGUCCUGAGGGAUUGAGCCAACCCACUAUGAAGAAGGAAGAAAGCAACUCCAGUUUAUCGGCAAUGAGUGGAAUGAAAAAAGAUGGCAGCCAAUCAAGUCAAGAUGGUGAACUAAAAAGUGCUAAUAGACAGGUGCAAGAUGAAUUCAAUUCAGUUAAUAUGGGCACAGGGCAGAUGAAGCAACCAGACAGACCCAAGAAUCAGGACUCGGGGCUGCUUAAUGCUGCUAACCCUUCACCAAGAGAUAGGCCUAAUCCUAAUUUGGAUAGAAGAAAUGAAGAUAUAGAGUCUGGCCCUGAUUUUAAUUAUGUACAAAAGGAUCAGAAUGCAAUAAUGCAACAAACCCAUCAGGAUCAUAGCUAUAUGCCAGUUCCAUAUGAACAUCAAUAUGUACCAUCUCAUUAUGUUCAUCAAGGUCAGCCUAUGCCAUACUAUCAAAUGCACCAUGAUUCCCAGCAAGGUGACCAGCCAUAUCCCAUCUAUUUGUAUCCUAGCCAUCAUGGAUCACCCAUGUUACAAACAAUGAGUACAGUUAUUCGUCCAGGCCUUGGACCGCAACCAGGCUACAGUGUGUCAAUGCAAAGAAACAUGGGAGUUGCACCUGCAAAUUUGCCAGCUGGUUAUAGUACUGAUGUAAUUUCAUCCAAGCCGGUUACAACUACAAUGCAACCACCAACAGCACCUCCACUUCAAAAACAGCCUGGCUAUGAUUCAAUCCCAAAGACCGCGGUGAUGGCAGGAACUCCAUACAGAGAUCCACAAUUUUCUACACAGCCUAAUAUGGGUGCAGCAGCUCCAAGGUACAGAGCUGCUAGACCUAUGCAGAAUGAUGGAAGGAUAAUGUAUAGGCCAUCUCAGCAGCUCAACCCAUCUCCCUCAAUGCAUCUUGAUCAGCAAUAUAGUUUCCAACAUAUGCAGGUUCCUAAUCAGUUGGCUUAUGAGACCAAUCCUCAACAGCAAUAUUACACUCAGAAUUCAUCUAUAGUGAGUCCUCCAUAUCAAGGCUUAGGAACUGGUAGUUCUGAUCCUCAAUCUUCUGCAGAGAUGCUCUCGGAAGGGAAGGGUGCCAGAGUUUCACAAGGCUUUUAAUUUGCAAUACUUUGUUUUGCCACAUGGGAGGAUUGUUUUUAAUAGAAGUGCAAGGAUAUCAGAUAGAGAUAGCCAUUGUAGGGGUAAGAGUUCUGUUUUUAAACUAUAUAUUUUUAUUUUUAUGGGGAGUGUUUGUGUGUAGAUUAUUCUAGUCAAUAAGUCUCAGAGUGAGGGCUUGUACAGAUGGAUGUAGCCAAUUUAAGAUAACUAGAUCAGACACUAGAGUAUCUCCUGUCGAACAUCAACACAGCAGAAUGAUCGAAUAUGUUGAACAUUGUGUCAACAAGUUCUAGCAUAUGCAAGGAAUAUUGAUGCCUUGGUGGUGACUGGGUUUUCUUUUAUAUAUGGUUAUUGCAUAUACUGCAACAAGUAUUUCAAUAUAUGGCUAUGUAUUUCAAUAUCAAGGAGACCAGAGAGGAAUAAAAUAAAAUGACAUUAGAAAUGGCAGCAA